AUGUCAUUUCAGGAUCCAACGUUCGUCGGCGACACUCCAGAGUUCCAGAACAAACGUACUAACCUGUUCGCCGUACUUGAUCAAGCAGAGAAGGAUUUGGAAUCAAAAAUUAAAAAAGCCUCGACGGCUGACGCACAUGAAAUACUCAAUGGUCGUGUAGAACGCAGGACUGGUCGUUCACUGACCAAACAAUUCCGAGGCAAAGAUAGUCUGUUUGUCAAGCCAGAAAUACCACCAUGGCGCAUAAUCGAAAAACACAGACCACCAGAUUUCAAAUUGCAUCCACACAAAUGGACUAAAUAUUCAUUGGCUGAUGUGAACGAGAUGAAUGACAAGAGCAAUGCAGCUGCUGCAUUUGCGUUUCUAAAAGAAAUGCAAAGUAGAAAAUCUAAAGAUGACGAAAAUGAUGACGAAGAAGGAAAGAAAAUAGUGUUCAAAAGAACCCUGAAGUCCACAGAACCAGAAAUGAAACCGAGUUUUAAGAGUACUAAACUGGUUAUGCCAGAAUAUGAAUUUGGAAAAAAGGUACAGAAGAAAAAAAGUAAACCCAAACGUACAACAGAUGGAACUACGUCUAAUAAAGAAAUUAAACUUGGGCAUUUAAUGGAAGAUGAAAUUGAUGAAUGA